AUGGCAAAGCUUACACUUCUCGCACUUGCUUUCACCGCCCUUGUAGCCUUUGCUACAGCCCACACAACCAUCGUCACCACCAUCGUUGAGGAUGAGAAUCCAUUUUCUCAAUCUCCGAGGUGUCGCCAAAAGCUCCAAAUGCAACGAUUGGAUAAGUGUCAGAUGUACCUCCAGCAAGGACAGAGUCCUUACGUUAGUGAGGUUCAAAUAGGCCUACGCAAAGGACAACACCAACUCGAGCAACAAUGCUGCCAACAGCUCCAAAAUGUUGAAAGCCAGUGCCAGUGUGAGGCCGUACAGCAGGUUUUAGAGGAUGCGCAAAGAAUGCAAGGACAACAACAGGGACAGUUUGGUUUCCAGCAACAACAAAUGGAACAGAAGGCCCAGAGGCUCCCUCAACAAUGCAGACUUCAAGUCCGUGAACAAGAAUGCCAAAUCAGAGGAUCAUCAGGCGGCUUCUCUAACCCACAACAACAGUGUAGCCGUGUCCAAGGUCAAAGCUUCAACCAGUGCCAAAGGUUCAUCCAAGAAGCACAAAGAAGCUCCCCCAGGAUGAUGGUAUCCCGACAGUCACAACAACUCCAGCAACAACUCCAACAAUGUUGCAAUGAGCUCGAGAACAUGCAGAGGGAAUGCCAGUGCGAGGCAUUCGAAGAGGUUUACAGGCAAGCCGUCCAGCAGCAACAAGGUGGCCGACAGCAACAACCAUGGCAACAGGGUGGCCAACAGCAACACCAACAACGUCCACAAUGGCAACAAGGUAGCCAACAGAUGAUCGGGCAGGCGAUGGAGACCAUUCGCAACCAGUGCAACAUAGAAGUGCAGCAAUGCCGAGGCUGGCUUAGAGGGUGUGCAAAGGAUGCCACUGAGUCGGGUCUACUUCUUCCGAGGGCCCACUACCUUCAAGUGGUAGUGGUGAUGCCGGAACCUACGACGGUGAGCGCAAUGGCAAAGCUUACACUUCUCGCACUUGCUUUCACCGCCCUUGUAGCCUUCGCUACAGCCCACACAACCAUCGUCACCACCACCAUUGAGGAUGAGAAUCCAAUUGCUCAAGUCCCAAUGUGUCGCCAAAGGCUCCAAUCGCAACGUUUGGACAAGUGCCACUUGUACCUCCAGCAAGGACAGAUCCCUUAUGAUGAACUGAUCAGCCGUGGUCAGUUUCAACCAGGCCAAAUCCAAGGACAACAACAGCUCCAGCAACAGUGCUGCCAGCAGCUCCAGAACGUUGACAGGCAGUGCCAGUGUGAAGCCGUGAAGCAAGUGUUCGAGCAGUCUCGACAAAUCGUUCAAGGACAACAACAACACCAACAGGGACAGUUUGGUUCUCAGAGACAGUUGGAACAACAAUUGGAACAGAAGGCUCAGCGCCUCCCUCAACAAUGCAGACUCCAAGUCCGUGAACAAGAAUGCCAAAUCAGAGGAUCAUCAGGCGGCUUCUCUAACCCACAACAACAAUGCAGCCGCGUCCAAGGUCAAAGCUUCAACCAGUGCCAAAGGUUCAUUCAACAAGCACAGCAAGAAAGUGGGUCCCUCAUGAGGAUCUCCCGACAGUCGCAACAACUCCAGCAGCAACUCCAGCAAUGCUGCAAUGAGCUCGAGAAUGUUCAGAGGGACUGCCAGUGCGAGGCAUUCGAAGAGGUUUACAGGCAAGCCGUCCAGCAGCAACAAGGUGGCCGACAGCAACAACAACGCCCAUGGCAACAACAGGGUGGCCAACAACGCCCAUGGCAACAACAGGGUGGCCAACACCAACAACAACCAUGGCAACAACAGGGUGGCCAACAACAGAUCGGACAGGCGAUGCAGGCUAUUCGCGACCAGUGCAACAUAGAAGUGCAGCAAUGCCGAGUUCCAUCUGCAAUGUUCUGA